AUGCUGGGUGACCUCGUGCUCCUGAGGUCGGCUAACACCGCCAAGCUGGAGGGGCUGCGAGGGUGUGCGGUGCCCUGCUGGUGCCUCCUGCAGAAAUUAGGAUUAGGAAGUGCUCCAGGGAUUGUUGGGCGUGGGAUAGCUGGAGAGGUGUGGGGAAAUACGCUCUCAAUACUUUUCUUUUCUUUGUUUCAUUUGGUAUGUUUGGAAACAGGAAAGAACCGGAGGCUGAAGCAGGCAAAGGAGGAGGCCCAGGCAGAGAUUGAGCAGUACCGCCUGCAGAGGGAGAAGGAGUUCAAAGCCAAGGAAGCAGCGGCACUUGGAUCUCAUGGCAGCUGCACCACUGAAGUUGAGAAAGAGACCCAGGAAAAGAUGAGUGUGAUCCAGCAGAACUUCCAGAAGAACCAUGAGGUGGUCCUCUCCCAGCUGUUGUCUCUAGUGUGUGACAUCAAACCCGAAAUCCAUGUGAAUUACCGCAUCAACGGGUAGUAGUGGAAGAAGGAGUAAGCAUACUGGAAAUGCUGGUAGUAACGUUUGAGCUUCAGGUGGAAUGUACAGCUCUUAGCCAUACCUUAACUGUUCUUCUUGUGUAUGUGUCAGAUUAUUUCAGUGAGUUGUAGGCCAUCAGUAUCUUGUUGGAGUUCUGUUAGUUUCUCUCUUGAUACGGAUUCAGAGCUUAUUCAAACAUUAAAUGGUCGUGUCUCAAAUUUAUGCUAAGUUAAUAGAUAUAUAUCCAAAGUGGCACUUUAAUGCUCCCU